GCUAUGAGAGUGGUGGACGGGAUCACCUCCAACGUAACCGCCACCGUCGCUUGGCCGCUUAUUUAUAGAAGCCAUAGAGUAUCGUCCCGGGAGUGAGCGUCCUCGGGGCUGCUGGACUCGCCCGAUUGCAAAGUAUAAUAUCGUCUCUGUCCUUUUGGCUCGGGUACACGAUCUUUAUCUCUCGGCGACUGGCUGAGGAAGAAUGGCAAGCUGGACGAGGGCCGAUGCUCUCCGAGUGUCAGCCUAGCUGGUGAACGCCUUCCUUUUAUCGUCGAGAGAGUUUCACGGGUCGUCUGAGAAGGUGUUAUCACGGCAGGUGAUAAGGACCCUCCCGUCGGCGAGCUCUCGAGGGCGCGCGUGUCUACCUCCGUGCUCUCGCCCUCCCUCUCGGCCCGAGGCCGAGCCGAAGAAACAUGAGAGGCACGUGAGAGCGCGGGAGGGAGGGGCCACAGAGGACCGAGACUACGAGAGCUUCAGGGCUCAUUCGAAAUAACAAAGAUGAGAUGGGACGCGGCCGCCUGCUGCUACUGGCUGGCGCCGUUGCUGCUGCUCCUGUCCCUCGACCUCACCAAUUUGGCCAGCGCCUUCCUCGAGACCAAAGGAUGUAACCGCACGGUGAGGAACUCCGUGGGAUGGAUACGAUGGACUGGCCGGAUGGGAAGGUGCAUUGUGCGCAUCAGAGCACCUUUGCGGGAUCCGCAGGUAAUAGAAAUGAGAAUCAGGAGGAUGCAAGUUGGCAUUUUGAAGAACGCCAGAUGCGAGGGAGCCUACGUACAAUUUUCCGACGAGGUCGAGGAUCUUGACGAAAGCGCGGGUCGUUACUGCGGACACGUAACUGGCGACGCGACAAGGCUGUUCCUGCGCCGUGGCCCGGACCUCACCGUCAUCCUCGACUCCGAGAGCCGCUUCGCCGCGGAGAAUCCCGUAAUAUUCUCCGCUCAGUUCUCGAUCCUGCCGGCGCAGCUCGCGAACGAGCGCCACCACGUUCAUCAGCCGACGUCCGCGGCCUCGACCCUCGCCGCGGCAUCCGCCGCCGAGUGUCCCCUCGAAUGCUCCCAGCGGAAUGACCGGAGGGCCUGUCGCCUCGUCUCCCCGGGCUACCCGGGCAUCUACCCCCGGGGCAUCAGGUGUCGCGUCGCCCUCGAGUCAAGCGCCGGGAGGUUCCGCAUCGGCGGCACGCCUAACGACCUCUACAACCUCAUGAACCACACGAGCCAGGAGGCCUGCAGAUCCGAGUUUUGCGAGCAGGAGCACGUCGACGACGCGGAAAAGCCCAGCGCUGAUCAGCCCAAGGGACAGGGAAUCCUGCGGAAUCCGCCUAGGGCGCAGACGGAUCGAGACGAGGAGGAUGAGAUAAUAAUCGGGCAGGAGGAGCAGUCUUCGGAAACUUCUACUACGGAGAUUAAGAUGAAGAAGAAGCAGCAGCAAAGACGGACGAGGGGGCAACAGCAGCAGCAGCAGCAGCGACGGGUCCCAGGCACCGAUAACCCAAGGAAGCAGCAACAGCAGCAGCACCAGCACCAGCAAUCCGUUAGGAUGAGGCACGGGGGUGGCCAACACCGCCGCCAAGGCGAAAAAAUCCCGGAGCCGGAUGGUCGCUCCAUCAGUGAGCUCAGCAAGCUUAGGAGGAUUCCCGUCGUCGAUCAGUUAUUCUGGUCGAAAAACAGGUCACACACGGAACAUCCGCGAGGCUCCCAGCACGACCGGCGCCACGUACGCCUCCUCCGACGACGUCGACCCCACGACGUCUCGCAGCCCCGCCUCGGAAGCGGCGGCAACUGCGUCGGCGACUAUCUCGCCCUCCUCGAGAGCGUCAACGGCCGUGUCCUGGAGAUUGGCAAGUUCUGCGGCGAAGGCCGUAUCCCGCAGAUCCUGUCGCGCGGACGCAACGUCAUCGUCGAGUUCCACGCCGAGCGCGACGGCACGAUUAUGCACGACGGCUUCCACCUGAGCCUCGAGGAGUCGGAAGCGCCACCCGUGGCCACGGCCCUGGCCAGCCCAGCCUCCGGUCACCACCAGCCCAACUGCGACUUCAUCUACAAGAGUAGCGAGAAGCCCCGCGAUAGCAUAAAAUCGCCCAGGAGUUGGUACCCGCCCAAUACUCUCUGCAGCUACAGGUUUAGCGGUAAACCCAACGAGCGCGUCUCCGUCCUACUGAAGAUCGUGAGGGCCGACCAGGUCCAGGAGGAGGACUCCCUUGACGAGGACAAAAAACAGGCCCGACGUAACGAGACCCUGGAUUACUGUCCCGGCAACGAGAUCACCGUUUAUAACGGCACGCACUCCAACGGCAGCUUCCUCUUGUGGUCCUUCUGCGACGUCACGCACAGCGACAUUAAUAAUAUUCAGGUGCCGAUCAUCUCUACGGGCAAUGCCUUGCUCAUCCAGUUCUUCAGCGCGAUCGGCUCGUACAGCGGCCAGGACUUCACGUACUCCAUCACGUACAAGUUCGCGAGGAGGUCGGCGAACGCGACGAAGCGCCGUCAGGUAUCCCUCGACGAGACGCGACUCAUCUCCCUCAGGCCCGUCAACUUCUCCGCCCUCAACCUCAGCGACACCGACAACUGCAACUGCGACUUCGCCGACCGCAUCGGUAGCUUCAAGAGCUGGUUCAUCGUCCUCGUCGUCCUCGGGGUCAUAUCGUUCGUCGGCGCCAUACUCACCAUCAUCGCCCUCCUGGUCAAGUGCGCCAAGAUGCGCGCUGCUGAGAACAAGCUCCUCCAGACCCCCAAGCGCUCGCCCUUCUUCAAGGGCUCCACCGAUUGAUCCCCCCCGUCCUUCGCUCACAGCAGCUGUCGUCCCCCUCCACCUCCAUCGCGACCACCGCCACCGCCUCCUCAGCCUC